UCUCUUUCUCUCUCCUAUCUUCUGUUUUGUCAUAAUAUAAGGACAUUAAUCACAUUCUUAAUGCAAAACUAAACUCACAUAAGCAUAACAAAACAAAUGCCGAUUAUUAUCAUUGACGAUUCUUUCAAGAGACCAGGAACUGUGCCUUUCAGCUGGGAGAUCCGACCCGGUGUACCCAAGACCCCACCCGGAAACACACCUCUUCUCCAACUCCAACCUCCCAAUUACCUCUCUCCUCUCCGUUUGAAACCAUUGUCUCACUCUCAACCAUUUCUCCCGCCGGCGCUUUCUCCGCCGUCGUCUUCUUUCAUCUCCAAAUCCAAGAGCCGUUCUUUAUCUCCUCUCGCUCCUUCCUUCUCUACUCCAUCAAAGCUCAAACCGCCACCACGGUCGCACUCUGGUUUCUACUCUUCGGGACCAUCUUUCCGUUCUACCCCGCGUGCUUUCUCGGAGCGGUGGCAGUUAAACCGUACUAACCGGAUCUUAACCCGAUCAGAGUCCGAUCCCAGACCGGACUUUGCUUUUGCCGGACUCGGGUGUUUCCCGACACCUAAGUUCAGGUUGAGAAAGAACAAGAGCGGUGGUGGUCUGAGAAAAACCGGGUCAAGGUUGGAGCGUGGUUACUGCUCCUAUAUGGAGACGAUGUCGCCGAGGACUGUUUCUAACCGGAGAUCAGUGUCUCUGAGAUGGGACUCGCCGAAGUCGUCGUCGUUCUCUUCCCUCCGAUUCUCGCCACGUCUCGCUAACGAAGCUGAAUGGGCCGGGUUUGGACUAUUUUGAGCAUAUAUUAAUUAA